GAAAGAAAAUUCCCCAAUCCGAUCUGCUCGCCGAAACCCUAGGUUGCCCCAGCCGCCGCCGAUGGGCAAAGGCCGGCCCCUCCCGCCCGCCACCACCACCACCUCUCCCUCCGGCUCCAGCGGCGGCGGAGGCUUCGUACCCGAAGCGCCGGUGUUCCGCCCCACGGAGGAGGAAUUCGCCGAUCCGCUCGCCUACGUCGCUCGCAUUCGCCCGCUCGCCGAGCCCUACGGCAUCUGCCGCAUCGUGCCUCCGCCGUCCUGGUCGCCGCCCAAGGCCCUCGAUGUCUCCGCGCUCUCCUUCCCCACCAAGAGGCAGCCCAUCCACCGCCUCCUCGCCCGCUCCGCCCCCGCUGACCCGGAUACCUUCCUCCUCGACUACACCCGCUUCCUCAAGGCCGCCGCCUGCGGACCGCCACGGCGAGGCCGCAAGAAGGGCCUGUCCAAGUCGCCUGCUCUCUCCGACGGCCGCCCUCUGGACCUCUGCCGCCUGUUCCAUGCCGUCAAGCGCUUCGGCGGCUACGAUGGCACCUGCGAGGGGAAGCGAUGGGACGACGUCGUCCGCCUCGUUGAUGACAAGGCGCCGAGGCAUGUGCCUGAGUGUGCCAAGCACGUGCUGGCUCAGCUGUACUACGAGCAUCUCUACGACUACGAGAAGUUCACAAACAGACAGGAUGACAAGAAGGUGAAGCAGGCGGAACUCGGAGAUCAACCAUCGGUUUCUGGUUCACAGGAUGAAGGGAGGAACCAAUCUGUUUCUGCAGAAACGAUUGAUGCAGACGUUUCUGGUGUUAGGAGCCGGAAGAGGAGGAAUCCCAUACACAAGAAAGCCUUCGGAAUGGCUCGUAGUGAGCGUCAAGGUAACAGUAUCGGGAAGAAUGCAGCGUCUUCGGGAGCUCGGAAGCGUAAAAGGAGAAAGCUCGACGCAGAGGUUAACCAAGUGGACCAGGUCUGUGAGCAGUGUAAUAGCGGGUUGCAUGGUGACGCCAUGCUGCUAUGUGAUCGCUGCGAUAAAGGGUGGCAUUUGUAUUGCUUAUCACCUCCGCUCGACACUGUGCCUCCAGGGAACUGGUAUUGCUCAGACUGCAUGAACUCUGAUAGGGAUUGUUUUGGAUUUGUCCAAAGGAGGAAGACCUGCUUGCUUGAUACUUUCCAGCGAUUUGAUGAGAGGGUGAGAAGGAGAUGGUUUGGGCAAAGGAAUCCUAGCCGUGUUCAGGUCGAGAAGCAGUUUUGGGAGAUUGUGGAGGGUAAGGCAGGGGAGCUGGAGGUUAUGUAUGGGAGUGACAUGGACACUUCACUUUAUGGAAGUGGAUUUCCUCGUCUUGGUGAUCUGGUGCCGCCAUCAGUGGAUCCAGAGUUAUGGCAGAAGUACUGCAAGAGCCCAUGGAAUCUCAACAAUUUUCCAAACCUGCCAGGCUCAGUUCUUCGAACUGUGCAGGAUAAAAUUGCUGGUGUAAUGGUCCCUUGGCUCUACAUAGGGAUGUUAUUUUCGUCAUUUUGUUGGCAUGUUGAGGACCAUUGUUUUUAUUCAAUUAAUUAUUUACAUUGGGGAGAGCCAAAAUGUUGGUAUGGGGUACCUGGGGCAGAAGCAAAUGCUUUUGAGCAGGUUAUGCGCAAUGCUUUACCUGAUCUAUUUGAUGCACAACCUGACCUACUUUUUCACCUCGUCACUAUGCUGAAUCCAUCGGUUUUACGAGCAAAUGGUGUUCCUGUUUAUAGUGUGAUGCAGGAACCUGGCAACUUCGUGAUUACUUUUCCCAGAUCAUUCCAUGGUGGUUUCAAUUUAGGUUUAAACUGUGCCGAGGCUGUUAAUUUUGCUCCUGCUGAUUGGCUACCUCAUGGUGGAAUUGGAGCUGAACUAUAUCGUAUGUACCGUAAGGCACCUGUUUUGUCCCAUGAAGAGCUUUUGUAUGUCGUCGCGAAGAAUGGUGUGGAGAAUGAAUCUCUUCCGUACUUAAAAGGAGAAGUAGAGAGGCUAUUUGUGAAAGAGAAAAAAUGCCGAGGGGAGCUAUGGAUUAAUGGGAUUGUCAAAUCCAGUUUAAUGCCGCCAAGGAGUAACCCCAACUUUAUUGGAAGUGAAGAGGAUCCUAUGUGCAUUAUAUGCCGACAGUACCUGUAUCUUUCAGCGGUUUCCUGUAACUGUAGGCCUUCUUCUUACGUUUGCCUUGAGCACUGGAAGCACCUUUGUGAAUGCAGUCCAGAGAAGCAUCGCUUACUUUACCGCCACACCCUUGCAGAGUUGGGUGAUUUAGCUUGCGAGGUCAAGGCUAGUCUCUCUGGGGAGAAUAUUAAGCAGAGCCUCUUCUUGCUUAAUACUGGUCCCGUGCCAUCUAAACAGGUCAAAGAUCAGUAUAUAUCAUAUGCACAACUUGCUGAGGAUUGGCUUUCAAAAGCUGAUCAUAUUCUCCAUAUGCCUUUUCUGGAUACUGCAUAUUCCACUGCCUUAGAAGCUGCUGAACAAUUUCUGUGGGGUGACCAUGACAUGGAUUCUGUCCGGAAUAUGACACUUAAAUUAACUGAGGCUAAGAACUGGGCUCUGUGUGUUAGAAAUUGCCUUUCCAGAAUUGAUGAAUGUUUGCUCUCUAAGGAGAAGUCUUCAGAGAAAGUAAAUUACGUGGAAAUCGAAGAAUUAGUUGCUGUAAGAUGUAAACCAUCCUGUGAGCCUAGUCUUGCGCAGCUGCAGGCCUAUGCCGAGAAAGGAAAAAUGAUGAUAAGUGAAAUAAACAUUGCAUUAUCAUCCCUCUCAACGGUUGAGCGCUUGGAAACGCUGUAUUCUCGAGCUUCAGAAUUCCCUGUUGAGCUAACAGAAACAUCAACAUUGUCUUAUGAGAUUUCUUUUUCGAAGUCUUGGUUGAAGAAAGCACGUGCUUUCCUUGAACAGAAUAAACAGGGCCUCAUUGACUCAGAUUUCCUGAAUACUCUGAAAAUAGAGAUGGUACAACUUCGAGUUCUAGUUCCAGAAAUUGAUCUUGUUUCAAAGCUGUGGAAUGAAGCUGAAUCAUUGAGAAUGCGGUGUCAAUCAUUCCUCCAAUACUCCCCUGUUCUAAAGGAGCUGGAGAGUUUCCUCCUUGCGUACGAUGGUACAAAGUUUAGCAUUCCAGAGCUGAACCUUCUUAAGCAACAUCAUUCAGAUGCUUCCUCCUGGGCGAGUCAUGUCAAUAACAUACUCGGAAAACUUUUUGAAAGGAAUGACUAUCACAACGUUGUUGAGGAGUUAACAGGCAUUCUGAAGGAUGGGAAAUCACUGAGGGUAAAAGUUGACGAACUACCAAUUGUUGAGAAAGAACUGAGGAAAUCCUUUUGCAGGAAGCAAGCAUCCGAGGCUCUUGCAACACAUACUUCGCUGGAAUUUGUUAAAGAAAUUCUAAUACAAGCCUCCAUAUUAACUAUUGAAGAGGAACAACUAUUUGUUGAUCUGUCCAAGCUGCUAAAAAAUGCCACCGCUUGGGAAGAGAAGUCUCGACGUAUGCUGGAGAAAUCAGCUUCUCUCUCUGAGUUUGAAGAUCAUAUACGGUGCUCAGAGGACAUAAAAGCUAUACUUCUGUCUGAGCGUGAUAUGAAAGCAGAGGUUAUUGCUGCUAAGUUGUGGAUGGACAAAUGUCAGGCCUAUCUGAGACCUAGAUGUGAUAAACUUGGAUAUGGUGUUUUUCUUAAAGUUGAUGACUUGAAGGAUUUAAUCUGUCAGCCUGGAAAUAUGAAAGUCAUUCUCGACACUUCAGCACUUAAUUCUGUUCUCAGUGAUGUCGAAGAGUGGGAACGUAAUUCGCUAACUCUGUUGAGCAAUUUAAGAACCCUACUGCAUUUUAAUGUGAUUGGCUCUACAGUUGACCCACUUGAAAGAAACUUGGAGGAGCUGCGAAAUAAAGUCAGUGGGGAAAUAGAAAGUGGACUAUCUCUAGGUUUUGAGUUAAAGCUUCUAAAUGAACUGAAAGAUUUUUUGCUGGCUCUUGAAUGGAUGUUGAGAGCACUGUCUUUCUGCUGCGGGAUUCCCUUGUUAGAGGAUGUUGAUAGAGCAAUUGAAGAAGCUGUCCACCUGCCUGCCCCUUUGUCAAACUGCCCUUUAGUUACAUUGUUGAUGAGUGGAUUAUCUUGGCUAAGAAAAGCUCUUGUUUUGCUUCGUAAUUCUGGGAAGUCUGUAAAACCUAAAUUGGAAAAGGUUGAAAACAUUUUAGCAGAACAUCAGGAAAUUGCUGUACCUUAUUCUAUGAUGACUACCAAGCUUGAGGAUGCUAUAAACAAACAUAAGUCAUGGACACAGCAAUGUAAUGCCUUCUUUACGUUACCUGAUCACCAAUCUUGGGCUGGACUAGUAAGGCUUAGAGACAGUGGCCAGUCUGUUGCAUUUGAUUGUUGUGAAAUGGAUAUGGUUGUUCUUGGUAUUAAAAAGAUCGAUGGGUGGUUCAAUAAAUGCCGCUCUACUCUGUAUCCUGAUGGCAAUGUCAAUGGUUCAUCGCGCUCCAUGCUUUUACAGAUCAGCAGAUCACUGGACAAUGCUUCUUUGUUAUAUGCUGAGGAUUGGAAGAAGAAUGGGUUCUGUGUCAUCUGUUCAUAUGAUAUGGGAGGUGAUGUAACCUCUACAUGUAUAAUAUGUCAACACCAAUACCACAGCUCUUGUGUGGAACCACUGCUUGCUUCUAAACGAACGUCUCGUGAAUAUAUUUGCCCAUUUUGCUUCUCUUUAGAAAGCGGGGAUCUUUUAGAAAAAGGAAUACGAGAACAGAUGUCUAAAGGGAACCGUCCUGCUCUUAGUGCACUUGCUGAACUCCGCAGUUUCACAAAGGGUUUCUACGCAGGAAUCGAGGAGUUGGAUUUGUUGGGAGAGAUUGUCAAGAAGGGUUGUGAUUUUAAGUCCCAUCUGAUGCAAAUUUUGCAUGAUGCUGAUUCUUACGACGGAAAAGAUCUUAGGGUCAUGUGCAAGCCUCUUCUGGUUGCUCUAAAGGCAACAACAGCUGCUGGCUUAUAUGAUCAGGAAGUGAACCGCAACAUUGAGUUGGUAUUGAGAAGAUAUUCGUGGAAGAAACAGAUUCAUAAAAUCUCGUGUGGUGGAAUGAAGAUAUCAAUCCAACAUGUCAUGCGCCUUGAUAAAGAGGGUUCUAAUUUAGAGAUAUCUGGUGAAGAUUUCUUCAAAUUGGAGAUAUGUAAAAUAAAGGAAGCCAGUCAGCAGUGGCUGGCCAAAGCAGAAAAGGUUGCGUUUGAUUGUGGUGAGCUUCCACUUGAUCUUGUAUAUGAGCUUAUUAUGGAAGGGAAAAAACUAUCUGUGCAUGUCGAGAAGGAACUAAAGUUACUCAGAGACCGGAGCAUUCUUUAUUGCAUUUGCCGUAAGCCAUAUGAUAACAGGGCCAUGAUCGCAUGCGAUCAGUGUGAUGAGUGGUACCAUUUUGAUUGCAUCAAUUUGUGUGGACCCCCUCCAGAAACAUUCUAUUGUCCUGCUUGCUGUCCUAAUAACGGUGAUGGGUUUAUACUGCUUCCACGGUCCGCUAGCGAGGAAGAUAGAUCAAGCACCGAAGCAGGACCUCACACUCCUCCAGCAUCUUGUGACGAAUCAGAGAUAUUGGAGGGUAAUAAGCGUAGGAGUAACCCACGAGUGAAAUCCCAGAUUAAGGUAGAUUUAGUAAGACUCCUACGCUGUGAUAGUGAUAUAGAUAACACGUGGAGAGAUAGCAAAAGGGUUCUCCAACAAAGAACAGCCAGAAGACGCAGCGAUUUUGUGGGACUGGUAUGAUUUCCCCACGCUUUGUCUGUCUUGGAACGCUAUGAUUUUAGCAUUUAAUUUCUCCAAGCUGAGUAAGGGAGACCCUAUAGUAAUAGGAAACUAAAUUUGCAUCGGUGAGGACUUCAAUUCAGGUUGUGGGAUGGUACAUCCACUCCCCCAACCAUGUUCUGCCGUUUGCCAUAAUUUAGAAAACAGGAGAAAUUUUUGGUGUCUCAAUCUGCCGGUAACCAUGAAAUUGUCAAA